AUGUUGAAAAUGACCGGUAUAAAAUUAGAGCUUAUGACGGAUGUUGAUAUGUUUCAGUUUAUAGAAAAGGGAUUACGCGGCGGUAUUUCUUAUAUUGCUAACCGCAACGGGGAAGCUAAUAAUAAAUAUAUGAGCGGGUAUAAUCCAGAGAAACCAAGUAAGUAUAUUAUGUAUCUAGAUGCGAAUAACCUUUAUGGAUGGGCGAUGUCUCGAUAUUUACCAACAGGUGGUUUUAGGUGGAUGACUGAAAAACAAAUACAAAAAGUUAAUAUGGCUGCUUGUGCAGAAGACAGAAAAAAGGGUAUGAUUUUAGAAGUCGAUUUGGAAUAUCCUAAAGAAUUACAUGAGCUGCAUAAUGAUUAUCCUCUAGCCGCGGAGAAAAUAGAAGUUACCAAACAAAUGCUUUCCCCUUAUUGCAAAAAUAUUUAG